AUGGCAACCUCAAUAGAUGAGACUGAGACUGUGGUUGAGGCAUUUGUGACCACAUCCUAUGACUAUGGAUGGUCACAGCCGUGUGAAAAAGUCAAUAUCAAGAGGCUGGGGGCUCAGCUCCUGCCUCCACUGUAUUUCCUGGUGUUCAUCGUUGGCCUCUUGGGCAACGUGGUAGUGGUGGUGAUCCUCACAAAAUACAGGAGGCUCAGGAUUAUGACCAACAUCUACCUGCUCAACUUGGCAAUCUCUGACUUGCUUUUUCUCUUCACGCUUCCAUUCUGGGUUUACUAUGUGAAGUGGGAUACGUGGGUUUUUGGCAAUUUCAUGUGUAAGCUCUUCUCGGGGCUUUAUCACAUAGGCUUGUACAGUGAGAUCUUCUUCAUCAUCCUGCUGACAGUUGACAGGUACCUGGCCAUCGUCCAUGCUGUGUUUGCCCUUCGAGCCCGGACUGUCACUUUAGGCAUCAUAACCAGCACCGUCACCUGGGGCCUGGCAGGGCUAGCAGCACUCCCAGAAUUCAUCUUCUAUGAGUCCCAAGGGUGGUAUGGAGAGUUUUCCUGCAGUCCUGGGUACCCAGAGGAUGAAGAAUAUAGCUGGAAGAGUUUUUAUGUUCUGAGGAUGAAUAUCUUUGGUCUUGCUCUCCCUCUGCUCGUGAUGGUUAUCUGCUACUCAGGAAUCAUUAAAAUGCUGCUGAGAUGCCCCAAUAAGAAAAAGUACAAGGCCAUUCGGCUCAUUUUCGUCAUCAUGGUGGUCUUUUUCAUUUUCUGGACACCCUACAACCUGGCUCUACUUCUCUCUGUUUUUCAAACGGCUUUCUUUGAGAACAGCUGCGAGCGGAGCAAACACCUGGACCUGGCCGUUCAAGUGACGGAGGUGAUCGCCUUCACACACUGUUGUGUCAACCCAGUGAUCUACGCCUUUGUUGGCGAGAGAUUCCAGAAAUACCUGCACCACUUUUUCCACAGGCAUGUGGUCGUACACCUGGGCAAAUACAUCCCGUUCCUUCCUAGUGAGAAACUGGACAGAGCCAGCUCUGUUUCCCCAUCAACAGGGGAGCCAGAACUCUCUGUUAUAUUUUAG